AUGUCUUCGGGUGUGGUUCGCUCAACCGCCCUCAGGGCUGGCGGUGCUUGUGUUCGCUGCCGCAAAGGCAAAACCAAGUGCGUCUACGAAAAUGGUCGCGCGCCUUGCAAGAACUGCGCAAAGGGAAUGCACGAAUGCUAUCUCCCAUCCGAGAGCAUGGCUCAUCAUCACGGCCAAAGCCCUGCUCGUCACGCAAAUGCCCAUCGCCCAGCGCGAGACUCUCUCCCGGCCUCCGGCGCCGGCGCCUCUGAUGCCAGACAGCCCGUGGUGGGCUCUGGUGCCGCCAGACAUGUGCAGGUCACCCCCGAGAAGCUUACCCCAGAACUCAUCGCCGAGUGCGAGAGAGUGGUUUCCAAGACGUUCCCAGCUUGUGUGGCCUUUCAUAAGCCCACGUUCGUGCAACAAUUGAAGAAUGCCACCUUGGAGUCGACACUUGUCUACGGUCUAUUGACAUGUGCUGCCCGAAGCUCACCAACACUAAUUCGCCGAUAUGGCAACCCAACUCAUGCGGCAGAGACAUUUGCCUCUAAGGCCAUUGCGCUCAUCAAUCAAAACUUGGACCACCCGAAUCUAGCCGAUAUCCAAGCCCUCUGCCUAAUCAUUAUACACGAAUGGGGAACGAGAAAUGCAGUGCGCGCUUACAUCUACCUCGGCCAGGCGGCCCGCAUGCUCCAGAUGUAUCGCAUUCUCAACAGUCAUCACGCCGGCGAUCACGCGGAUCAGUUCCUGCGCGAUGAGUCUCUUCGACGCACCUUAUGGCUCGUUUAUAUCCUUGACUGCCUCUUGACCAGUACCCCCGGUCGUUUUGCGGCCCUUGCAGUGCAGGACACGUCAGAUGUAUCGCUCCCUUGCUCUGACAUCAAUUUCGCCUUUGGCAAUGCAGUCUACGUCAAGACCUUGCCCCAGUAUCUCGGCCACAGUGCUCUAUCCCCAAGCCACGGCUCUGGUGGUGAGAUUGGCGAAUUCGGAUACAUUGUUCUCGCUUCCACCAUUUGGCGAGAUGCUGUGGGUAUGCUGACCGCUACUACAUUGCAGAAUUUCCGAGAUGAGGAUUGUGGCGAUCUCUUUGCCAAAAUCGAGGGUCUUCGUGCCUCGCUUCCGAUGCAGCUUGUGGACAAGCCUGGCCAAAUCAACCUGCACAUGACGAUGGGCUCUGGAUAUACUUUCGCUAUGCUGCACUGUCUACUGCAUUGCGCCACAGUCUUUGUCCAUCGGCGACGUCUUUUGCAGGACGUUAUAUCGCCAAGUUUCAACUUGGAGUCGUUCAGAAUGAACCCAAGGUGCCAUGAUGUUGUCGACCGCCUUUUCACCUCUUGUCACGGGACGAUUUCUCUUCUCAAUGCUGUUGAGGCUGGUUCAGAGAAAGAUCACCCAACCUGUUUCCCCAUUGUGAUGCUGUUUUCUGCAUUCACAGCCAGCGCUACCGUCGCUUAUCUAUCCCUCAAGGGACUUACGCCCCCAAAUGCUGUUGAGACAGCCGCUCACAUCGUGAAGGAUGGACUGAAGUUCAUGCAUGAAGGCACCGAAAACUGGCCUCUGAUGUCAAGUUGGCUUAGGCAUCUUACUGUCAUGCAGCGGGUUCUCAACAACGAUGCUGCUGCCGCUGCUGGUACCGCCAUUCCUCCAACUGCAAGACACGGUUCUGGCUCGCACCAGUCUACUACCUCAGGCCACAAAGAUGAAAUUUCUUCCAAUGCUGACACUAAUCCUGAUGCGAUGGAGUAUGAUCACCAAACCGGUGGCCCGGGAGCUGCCCAUCAUGGAUCCGCUCCUCGCUCGGUGUCCGAGUCUGCUCGAGGGGACAGCGAACCACCAGCUGUCGCUCUUCCUCGACGAGGUGUCACGACAAUAAACGGUGGCUCUGGUAGUGUUCCGACGUCCUCUAUUACAACCUCGCCUCCUCCCGGAGCGCCGCAGGCCGCAAUGCAGGCGCUAGACGUCAAGCAGCAGAGCCCUGACGUAGUGUCGAAUGGCGCGACAACAACUCAAGACGGGCAGACCACGAGUCAGGAUAUGACGGCCCCGGAACUGUGUCAAGCAUUCGAGCGACAGCUUCUCGAUCUGGAUGAUCUUGCUGCAUUCAUGGGCGGCGGCGUUUGA